AUGUCCCUUGAUGCUGCUGUUGAUAUUCCCUCAGGAACUUCACUCUCCUUUGCGAGUUUCGUAAGCGAGCAUGAUAAGCAGUCGAUCCCUGGGAAGAUGCAUUUUCAACCACCUCUUCAUGAAGAAAAAGCUUCUCAAGAAUUUGAAUUCAGUUGUGUUCUUCCAGAAAGAUAUUACUCAGCCAAUAACUCAAAUGGCCACCUCCAGCAUCAAAGAGAAUAUCAAUACUGUUCAGGACCAGGUCAAAGCAAUCACAGAAGAUCAGCCAUUACAGAAUCAAGUCUAGAUAGAUCCACAGAAAAACUAGGCACUGGUGUUAAAAUGGGAACAGAAAAGAGGCACAACCCUAGUGCAGGGUUCGCUCAGAGAAUCAUCAAGUCAUUAGCAUGCAAGGAUUGCCGUGUCAUUGAACCAACCCACUGCGUGGUACAACCAGCAACUCGGCUUGAGUAA